AUGAUGCUGCCAGACUCGUUGUUUCGCGCACUGAGCGUCCUCACGACAGGCUACGCCAUGUACUACAUCAACAUAUCUGUGCCCCUGUGGGUUGUUUGCGUCCCUUAUGGGGCUGCAAUGUGGUGCUGGUGGGUGCUUCGCCACGACAGCGACUGGCAGUUUUCCAUCGAAAUCGCACAGCCGUUGCACGUGGCGCCGCCCAGCUUUGUGCCGCAACGCGCGGUCGACUGGUCGCCAUAUCGUGCUCGACUGCAGGCUAGCCCAGACCAAGCCUUGACCGUGUCCACGCGUCGUUGGGCGUACACCGUAUUGAUCCAAAGUUUGGAAUGGCUGUCCGUCGAUGUUCAUAGCAUUCUCGCGAAAUGGAUCAAAAAAGUGAUCCAAGAUAUCAUGACUGCGCUGGCAUUGCUUGUCUUAGCCUACGCCGGUGUCUCGCCCAAAGUGCUGCUGUUCCUGGAAUUCGCGGUCUCGGAUAGCCCCUGCACAAGAAUGAUCGUCCUUACUCUGAGCGUGAUCAGCGGCAACUAG